AUGGCUUGUCCAACCAUCAACGAUCUCAACCUCCUUCAUCUCGUGUCCAAUCAUCUCUAUCUUGUCCCUUCGAUGCAUACCUCGAACCCCUCGAAAGAUGCCGCUCCAAGUAGUGAAGGUAGCGGCGGUGGUGGCAGUGGCAGUGGCUCGGUGGCUCAGGCUUCUGCCGCGUCUGCAUCCGGACGACACCCUGUUUACCGCGGGGUAAGGCGCCGCAGCAGCGGGAAGUGGGUGUCGGAGAUCCGCGAGCCCAGGAAGCCAACCAGGAUAUGGCUCGGGACGUUCCCGACCCCAGAGAUGGCUGCGGUGGCCUACGACGUCGCUGCACUGGCCCUCAAGGGCCCCGAGGCCGAGCUGAACUUCCCCUCCUCCGCGGCUUCCUUGCCGGCUCCCGCCUCCUCCUCGCCUCGCGACAUCCAGGCAGCUGCAGCUAGUGCCGCUGCAGCUGCCGGCGCGGCCCGGGAUGCCCUGCGCCCUACUAGCUCAGUGCUGGGGAAGGGACAAGGACACGGGAGUAGCGAGAGGAUGACGGAAGGGAAUGCAAGUGGCACCGCGAACGAGUUCGUGGACGAGGAAAUGAUAUUUAACAUGCCCAAUGUUCUGGCGAACAUGGCCGAAGGAAUGCUUCUUAGCCCUCCUCGCAUGGAGGUUGAUCCGGCUCCACCCCCUGAAAAUACGGAAGAUCAGGAUCUCUGGAAGUUCUCUUAAAUCUGUUUGCAUAAACAACGUAAUUCACUGUGAACCCUUGUUACAUUAAAGAGAAUUAUGGCUUGUUGUGGUGGCGAUUUUGAGUUUCC